CCAAUGCCAAAGGAAUAUUCUAUCACGUGACCAAACACGGAAACAGAUAACAGUGAUCACAGCCAAAUUGUUGUUGUUAUAACAGAUUUGGUGAAAAGAAGGGGAAUGGCAACAUCGGACUGGUAUCUCUCACUGAAGCUGAUUGAUCAGCCCAAAUCGGUUUUCCAAUUCCCUGAAGCAGAACCCGGAGAUGUACCACCGGGUGGCUACCGAAUCGCUACACUGAAGCAACUUGUCGCUGCACAGUUAUCAGAUACACUACCCGAUCCUGAACUUAUAGAGUUUGUGCACUGCGGCCGCAAACUGAAGGAUGAGCAGACUCUGGAGUCCUAUGGCAUCCAGUCUGGCUCGACCCUGCACAUCCUUAGGAAGACCUGGUCUGAGCCUGCAGCCAAUGCUGAGCCGGUGAACAAGGCCAAUGCUGCCAGAGAGUUCCGUCUGCUCCAGGCGGCCCUCCACUCUAAUGCUGUCUACAGAGACUCCGUGUUUAAGAUGCUCGCCAGUAAAGAAUCUCUGGACCAGAUCAUUGUUGCCACACCUGGGCUCAGCUCAGAUGCUGUGGCUCUGGGUGUGCUUCAGGACAAGGAUCUUUUUGUGCAGUUUACAGAUCCAGGCAUGCUCGACAUGUUGGCACAGUCUCACCCUGCACUGGUGAAUGCCAUUAUCCUGGUCCUGCACUCGGUGGCGGGCAGCAUGCCCGCGCAGGCCAGCGGCAGCAGCUCCAGUCGCAAUGCCACCGCCAGCUCCUACAGCGACAUGCCAGGUGGCUUCCUGUUUGAAGGCAUGUCUGAGGAUGAGGAUGACUUUCAGUCGGGCAGCCAGGCGGGCAGCUCCAGGAGGCAGGGGGCAUUGUCAGGGACCGUCCCGCCCAGCCUGGGCCACAGUGGGGCCACGGGCCCUCGACCCAUCACCCAGGCCGAGUUGGCCACCGCCCUGGCCCUCGCCAGCACACCUGAGAGCAGUGCCGUCACACCCACCACUGGACACCAGGUGAGGCAGAGAUGGACACACACACACAUACUGUAACACACACAUGGACAA